AUGGCGGAAGUUGUCUUGUAUUUCUAUUUGGAAAUUUGUUCUCAAGAACAGACAGAAUCAGUGGAACAGCAACAGGGCCAAUUGCAUGAGAAAGAUAUGCAAAGUGCAAUUGGUGCUGAAUACAGAGAAGGUUUCGAGACAUUUAGACCCAAUGGACUGCUCAAAGUUGAUGUGGAUUUUUUAAAUGAUAGACUGCAAGAGGGUUUCCUGCGAAGAAUCCGUUAUGCCAUGAAGCCUGAUGAAGCUUAUGGCCUCAUUUUCUCUUGGGAUAAUGUGGUGGUAAGACCUGAAUCUUUGACCAUCUGGUCUAAUUUAGGAGAGACCAAAGAUGUGGUAGAUAUUGAUGUUCCAAUAGUGAAGCUCGAAGCAAUUGUGUUGCUGAGUUCUUUCUUCUACUUGAGUGGAAGUCAUAACACUCAAUUAUUUGUUGACAAUGUACUUCCACAUCAUACUUCUCAGGCAGUUUCUCGAGCUCUGAAGUUGGAUGCCUGGAAUCAAUUGCCUCUGAAGAAGGUGAGAUUCAUAAAUAUAAAGGUCAGAUUCUUUCUGGCUCUAUCAAAUCCAAAUUCACAUAAAUCAGAGAUCAGGGCGCUGCCAAAGGAGAAGAAUGAAGCUGAUCAGGAUCGAUUGAAGAUGAGGCUUUCCCAACUCUAUCAUGACAAGCUUCUCAAAAUUUCAGAGCCAAUUGAAGGAUUGAAAGAAUGGCUGGAUGCUGUAUCAACUGCUCGUAUCCCUUGCGCUGUUGUGUCAAGUUUUGAUCGCAGAAAUAUGGUUGAAGCCUUAGAGCGCAUGGGACUCAUGAAGUACUUCCAGGCAAUUGUGACAGAGGAGGACGGAAUGGAGUCUAUAGCACAUAGAUUUCUUUCUGCAGCUGUAAAACUGGACAGAAAGCCAUCAAAGUGUGUGGUGUUUGAGGACGACUCUAGGGGCAUAACUGCUGCUCACAACUGUACAAUGAUGGCUGUGGCACUUAUUGGUGCUCACCCAGCGUAUGAUUUAGUGCAAGCUGACCUUGCUGUAGGUAGCUUCAGUGAGCUUUCUGUGAUAAAUCUCAGGAGAUUAUUUGCACAUAAAGGCUCCAACUUUAUGGACCUAGAGAAACAAAUAGCGGAAAAAGCACCUCCUAUUCCUACUUGUAAAUGCCCUUUUAGUGUUAGAAUCUGUAGGUCUUGCAGAUGCAGAAAGAUGGGGUUAAACAACAGCUCUUGGCUCUUAGAAGCCUCUGAGUUUCCAUCUGCAUUGGGAUUAUUCUGUUCUCUACAUGAUGAUUUCAAAUUCGCAGCUCAUAGAGCAUUUAAGUUCUCGUACCAGAUGCACAAUGAAGUAACAGUGAUUAAGAAUGUUGUUGUGCUGAAGCACGGCCUUGUUGCAGAUGGUUGA